UUAAACAACAUGUCGGUCGCAAAACACCGGUAACAGAACUGACGACUAGCAUUGAGCUGUUCUUUCAGACGUUUUGGAAAACGAAAGUCAUGAUUCAUAUAAAUGAUAACAAAGUGAAAGAGACAAACCAGCGUCCUGCGGCAUCGCACUGAGUUCGGCUUUGUGGUGGACAAUACUUAGGCGCUGGCUUCGAUUGAAUAUUCACUAGUACUGACAGAACAUAAUGCCUGGUUCUUCGUCACGAUAACCGAGAACGGGAUGUUCUCUUGAAUUAUUCCGAUUUCAGACAGGACUAUUCGGAGAAGAUGUCUGUGACAGGCGGAAUGACUGAAAAAUCGUCUGGCUCGAAUUAUGAACACAACUUCAGUGUCAACUGGGAACCAGAACAAACAAACGAGAGAAGAAAGAGGAUUUCUUGUCCCGAAGAUAAAGCAACAUGCUUUUCAAGAAUCACGUUCUGGUGGUUGAACUGGAUAAUUUUUACCGGAUACAAGAGACCACUGGAGGACAAGGAUCUCUGGGCACUGAAUAGGAAGAGCAGAGCUUCAUACAUUGUUCCUAAAGUGAGAUCUAUUUGGAAUCUCGAACAAAAAAAAUGCAACAGGAGGAAAGGAGUUCUGGUUGAAGAUGCUUGUGGCUUUGAGCCUAGUGAAACUGAUUCGUUACUUGGUAGGAAUAAAAAGGAGAAAAAAUCACCGAGCAACAAAAGAAAACCUUCACUUUUGAAGGUGUUAGUCAAGAUGUACGGAUGGAAGUUUCUACUAGCCGCUAUCUUUAAACUGUUCCACGACUGCUUUUUGUUUGUACAGCCUCAGUUAUUAAGAAUGCUUAUUGAAUACAUAGAAGACAAGUCCUCCACUGAGAAAAUGUGGAUGGGCUAUGUAUACGCUGGGUCCAUGUUUGUGUCAGCAACAUUGCAGUCCCUCGUCCUUCAACAGUAUUUCCAUAUAAUGGUCACACUUGGUAUGAAAAUUCGUUCAGCUGUUACUGGUCUUAUAUAUGAAAAGGCUCUGGUAUUGUGCAACGAAUCACGGUCGAAAUCAACCGCUGGAGAAAUUGUGAACCUGAUGUCAGUGGACGCGCAAAGGCUGAUGGAUGUGAUGACAUAUCUAAACAUGAUAUGGUCUGGGCCCUUCCAAGUUGGAGUGUCAUUGUAUUUUCUUCAUCAAACCAUGGGCUGGCCGAUUUAUGCUGGCUUAGGUGUGAUGAUCAUUUUCACUCCAAUUAAUUUCUUGAUCGGCAGAAUGGUGAACAAGUUGCAGGUGAAGCAAAUGUUGGAGAAGGAUGGACGGAUAAAGAUAAUUAAUGAAGUUCUCAAUGGAAUCAAGGUUCUAAAGCUCUAUGCGUGGGAAGAAUCUUUCUUGUCAAUAAUUAACAACAAGCGACGCAAGGAACUCUCAUUUCUUCUGAAGUCUCAAAUCUGGAAAGUUUUCUUGAAUUUCGUUUACAACAGUUUGCCUAUCAUGGUUGCUGUUACAACGUUUGCUGUUUACGUUCUCAUAGGCAACAGUCUGACCGCAUCCAAAGCGUUUGUGGCCUUGUCGCUCUUUGGAAUUUUGCGUUUUCCUCUUGGUUUCUUUCCAGAUGUGAUUGCAACUUGCAUACAAGCACGGGUCUCGGUCAAGCGUAUAGAAAAGUUCUUGGAUUUAGAAGAACUGGACCCAAACAAUGUUCUAAGGACGUCACCAACACAGCUUACUUCGGAAAUGAUUGGCGUCAAAAGUGGUGUAUUUGGAUGGAACAGAAAGGAUGCACCUAAAAUUCAUGGUAUCAACCUAAACAUUCCAAAGGGCUCCCUGGUUGCAGUCGUUGGUCAGGUUGGAUGCGGAAAAUCUACUUUGCUUUCCUCUCUUCUUGGUGAAACAGAGAAGUUGAAUGGCACCAUUUAUGUUGACGGAUCUGUGGCGUAUGUUUCCCAGCAGGCCUGGAUACAGAACGCCACUAUACGAGACAAUAUCCUGUUUAAUAAGGCCAUGGAUCCAACUCGUUAUGAGCAGGUUAUUGACUCAUGCGCCUUGAGAAGUGAUUUGAAAAUUCUUCCAGCGGGUGACUCCACGGAAAUAGGAGAACGGGGCAUCAACCUCAGUGGUGGACAAAAACAACGAGUAAGUCUAGCACGCGCAGUUUAUUUCAACGCUGAUAUCUACUUACUGGAUGAUCCGCUCAGUGCUGUGGACGCUCAUGUUGGACGAAAAUUAUUUCUGAAUGUCAUUGGACCUAAUGGAAUGCUUAAAGAUAAGACUCGAAUCUUUGUUACCCAUGGCAUCAACUUUUUACCUCAAGUGGACCACAUCAUCGUUCUUCAGGACGGUUUCGUCUCAGAGGAAGGCACGUACACUGAACUUCUGGAAAACUCAAGUGCCUUUGCCGAUUUCAUACAAGCUUACAGAUCAGAGGAGAACUGUGAAACUGAUGUUCAUGAUGAGAACGAAAUCGACGAAGCGCUUCAAGAAAGCACUGAUAAUGUUUUCAACAGAAAAGAAACACUACCUUCGUUGAAAGGUCACGAGCAUAAUCAAGGGAGUAAUAAUAGUAAUGCUGGAAAAACGAUAACAGAGGAAAUAUCAAAGACUGGAGGGGCAACGUUUUCCUUAUUGUUUUCUUACAUCAAGUCCUCUGGCAUACACUGGUUCGUCCUCUCUCUGUUCUUUUUCGUGGUAAUGGAAGCGUGUUCUGUGGCUACAGGAGUAUGGUUAGCCCACUGGAGCGCGGCAAACGUGACCACAAACCAUCAAAGGGACUUUUAUCUAUUAAUCUAUGGAAGCAUCGGAUCGGGUCAGACCCUCUUUACCCUUUUGUACUCCUUGGCAUUGUUUAUAGGGGCGAUUAGAGCUUCCCGAAUACUUCAUCGUAAAUUAAUCGUGAACAUCUUGCGGUUACCGAUGAUGUUCUUUGAUACGACACCGAUUGGUAGGAUUAUGAACCGGCUGUCGAAGGAUAUUUAUUGCAUUGAUGUGACAAUUCCAUUAUCUCUGAAGUCGUUCUUACAGAUGUUUUUUGAUGUCCUUGGGAUGUUGGUAGCUGUUAGUUACGCCACACCACUCUUCCUGACUGUUGUUCCUCCUUUGGGAGCACUUUAUUUUUACAUACAGAGAGUAUACGUAGCUACAUCGAGACAGCUGAGGAGAAUCGAGUCAGUGAGUCGAUCACCGAUAUACAGUCACUUCCUGGAAACAAUCACCGGUGUCAGCACCAUACGGGCUUUCUCACAACAGCAGCGCUUCAUCCGGGAUAAUUAUAGGAAAUUAGAUGAAAACCAAGAAGCACACUAUUUGGCUGUUACUGCUGACAGAUGGUUAUCUCUUCGUUUGGAAUUCAUCGGCAAUUGCCUGAUCCUGUUUGCAGCGUUGUUUGCAGUAAUCAGCCGAGAAAAGAUCAGUGGAGGUCUUGUAGGACUUUCUGUAACCUAUGCGGUUCAGAUAACUCAAAAACUUGCCUGGAUGAUUAGAAUGUCAAGUCAACUGGAAACCAACUUAGUAUCAGUUGAGAGGGUGAAGGAGUAUUCUGAUGCCCAGACAGAGGCAGAAAGAGUCAUUCCUGAUAGCCGGCCGUCUCGUGUUUGGCCACAGCAGGGAAUAGUUUUAUUUGAUAACUUCCAGUUGCGAUACAGAGAAGGACUUCCACUGGUUUUGAGAAAGAUAACCUUUAUAAUCAAGCCAGCUGAAAAGAUUGGCAUUGUGGGUCGAACAGGAGCAGGGAAAUCGUCCUUGGCCUUAGCCUUGUUUCGUAUUCUUGAGAAAUCAGGUGGUAAAAUUGUCAUCGAUGGUGUUGAUAUUGCCACCAUUGGACUCAGAGAUCUCCGUUCGCGGCUUACCAUUAUUCCACAGGAGCCCGCGUUAUUUUCUGGAACUCUCCGUCUAAACUUGGAUCCGUUCAAUGAACAUGUGGAUGAAGAGCUUUGGAGAGUAUUGGAAGUGAGUCAUUUGAAAAGAUUUGUGAUGAGUUUGAGUGGAGGACUUCAGCACGUUAUAGCUGAAGGAGGCGAAAAUCUCAGUGUUGGCCAGCGACAGCUGGUUUGUUUAGCGCGUGCACUUCUCCGUAAAAGUAAGAUUCUGGUUCUGGACGAAGCAACGGCCGCGGUGGACCUGGAAACUGAUCAACUCAUUCAACAAACGAUUCGACGGGAGUUCGCUGACAGUACAGUGUUCACCAUCGCCCACAGGCUAAACACCAUCAUGGACUACGACAGGGUUAUGGUUCUUGAAGACGGUUCAAUUACAGAAUUUGACGCACCCAGCAAACUUCUGGAACAAAGAGGACACUUCUAUAACAUGACUCGUGACGCAAGACUUACAAAGUGACCUAAUAUAUUUAUUUGGCUUUAGAUCCUACCAGUUUUUUAGACAAAACAGGUACAAAAAACGAAACAACCGGGCAGAUUAAGGCAUCUUCACAGUAAGCGAUCAGGUUGUUCAAAUAGAAAAUGAAGAACGAAAGAAGCCGCGGUAUGGCGAAUUUUACUUACUUUAUAAUUUUCAAAUAUAAUGAAUGUAUUUACCAACAACUU